AAACGUGAUCAGGAAUGUAGGGACCUUAUCUUAGUAGCAGCCGUCCAAAAUCCGGUCACUGGAAAGUACGUUUUAACAAACAAGCCAGGAAAUUCGUCAACACAGCAGAGCAACUCGUCAGGCUAUCCUUUUCCAUCUCCUCAACCAUCGGCAUCUUCUCCUCAGUCAUAUGCAUAUCCUCAAUCAUCGGCAUCUCUUCAGUCAUCAUCAUCUCCUCAGUUAUCGUCACCAUCUUUCUAUCCACGUAUUGAAGCCGGGAUUCGUCCAACAGAGGAGGAAAAGUUGGCUCGGAAACAGGUCAAGAAACAACAGCCAGCUGAAAUGAGAAAUAUGAGGACUCUCGACGCACCAAACAUAACAAGCGAGAACGAUAAUGGAUUCGAGCAACCUACACCAGGCCAAUUUUUGGUCUUUCAAGACGUCCCCUCGGACGUUGGAAGACGGACGUGGGAAUACUACGAAGUCGACGGCUUGAAUG